UAUUAAUCCCAACAUCUCUUUAUGGUCUGCGCACUGGACAGAGAUACUGACAAUAUACAUCAUGAACCCAAAUUCUUUUUCAUUUAAGCUUUCAAAAUAUGUUGAUGUAAGGUUUUUUUUCUCUUACAAAGAAUUUACUUGUAUGGCUCUUCGAAAGAUAGGUUACAAGGCAAGCCAACAAAGAAGCCUAGAAAAGAUCAAGGCCAAACAAAUUCAAGCACAGUUGAACAAUCUGUGUUUAAGAAAUACAACAAGGGAAUAACAAAACACAGAAAAGAUCAACACAAAAAAAUCUGAGAGCACCAAGCACAAUCAGCUCGUCUGAUCCAACUGAGUCCAUGGCAAUUGAACAUAACGCCAUAGGCCGCCUCCUGGGAGUCGCUUGGAGACGCUCAACACAGUGUAUCUCUUGUGAGGGAUUACAUGGCGGUGGAAAGGGAAGAGGAUCGAAAUGCUCCGAGCUGAAAAAGCAUAGGGAGACGAGGCACCAAGAACUUGGUCAAGGGAGAAGAGGAACCAAACCCCAAAAUCCAAGAUCUAUUACCGCAACCAUAAGGGCCAGACACCGCCUUCCUUCCACCGACACCGACCUAGAGGCAGAGAACUACCAACAUGGGGAAUGGAGGGGAAAUCGAUGAAUCGAUUCAUCAUGCAUGUUGAUGAGCCCACCAUCUAGAGAGGAGACCCCUAGUGCAUAACCCAACCCCAAGGAGAGCAAAUCCAGAAAGGAACCAUAGAACAGGGCAAGGAAAGGCCAUAAAGGCUGGAGAAGCUAAAAAGCUGAAAAAUCCGAUUGAAAAAUGUCAUACUAGAGGCAAGGAAGCAAGAAAGAAAACAAAUAGAAGGAAAGGGCAUUGGGCCACCGCCGGUCUCCAAAGGGAGCCGACGGCAGCCCUAAAGAGAAGGGGAAAAAGGGACCUCUUUUAGAGAGAGUGGAGAGCACUAGGUUUCAAAUUAAAGUAAGAGAGAGAAGUUUCACUUGAGAGUCGGUUCACUUCAUUUUAUUUUGAGUGGCGGUGGCCCAAUGCCCUUUCCUUCUAUUUGUUUUCUUUCUUGCUUCCUUGCCUCUGGUAUGACAUUUUUCAAUCGAAUUUUCCAACGUUGCUUAAUAGAAACAGGUACGAAAUAUAACAAUUAAAAUAAGAGCACAUUGUUAAUUCAUGAUUUUUUCUAAAAGAUCAAAAUCAUGAAUUAACCAUGCUGAAAAUUGAAACAACGAAACAAAUCCUUAUAUAACUGGCACGACGAUUCUCACUCCGUAUAAGCCGCUUCACUUGCCAAAGGCCCGCUGCCAAAAUAAAGAACAAGUACUAGGUCUGCUCAUUUAUAGGGCUGCCUACUUUAAUUUAGUAGAUAUUAAUCAUGUAAAUAUAUUUUGGAAUUUCAUUUUGAGCAAAUAUUCCUUAUCCAUAGCUUUAUGCUUGUAUGAUGCAUUUUUGGUAAUUGGUAUGGUUCCUACCGGGAGCAGAUCGGGUGAGUAAAUAAUGGGUGAGUAACCCAUCAGUAACUCCUCUCUCCUCUCUCCACGUGUCAGUUACUUUUUUAUUUAAAUUAAAUGCUAAAGGGCAGUAAGGUAAAAUGCACUUAUCACAUAUUUAUUGCUGACGCGCUGACUUUUGACCGACCACAUCAGGACCUCUUUCUCUCUCAUCGAAAAACCUUUAAUUUUCCUUCUCUUAAUCUUUAACGGACGAUUUCUCACUCGUUUUAAGUCGAAAUUUAAUUUUUUUUUUGCACAGUUAGAUCAGAUUAAUUAUGCUCUUCAAAAUGAUAUCCACUUUGAUAUUUUUUUGACACAAAAUUUUUUUCCAGUUAUUACCAGUCUAUACCAUAUGGUAUAGUGUGGUAAUAUCAAUAUAUAUUUCGUUACCACCCAAUAUCAUAUGGUAUAGUGUGAUAAUAUCAAUAUAUAUUUCGUUACCACCCAAUACCAUAUGGUAUAGUGUGGUAAUAUCACACAAUACCAUAUGGUAUAGAGUGGUAAUAUCAAUAUAUAUUUCGUUACCACGCAAUACCAUACAUUACCAUAGGGUAUAGUGUGGUAAUAUCAAUAUAUAUUUCGUUACCACCCAAUACCAUAUGGUAUAGUGUGGUAAUAUCAAUAUAUAUUUCGUUACCACACAAUACCAUAUAAUAUAGUAUGGUAAUAUCA